CCGCGGUGUUUCUAUGACGACGACGUCAGGGGGGGCCCCGGGUGGGGUCGGCUUGGGCGCAUGCGCGCGCGUGCGGGUCGCGGUCCGUCUUCCCGAGUCGCCCGCGCUGCUUGUUCGCGGUUCCGUGAACCGCGGUAAGGGUGGGGUGGUGUCCGCGGGGCCCGGGGCAGGGUGGUACUGGGCUAAGCGCACCUGAGCUCGCGGGACACGUGAGGUGGCCCGGGCUCCCUCUGCCAUGGCCCCCGCGCCCAGGUCCUUGCUGUCGCCACCGACUUUGCUGCUGCUGCUGCUACUGCUGAGCCUGGCGCUGCUGGGCGCCCGCGCCGAACCCGCCGCCGGGAGCGCUGUCCCCGCGCAGAGCCGCCCGUGCGUGGACUGCCACGCAUUUGAAUUCAUGCAGCGCGCCCUUCAGGACCUACGAAAAACCGCUUACAGCCUGGACGCACGGACGGAGACCCUCCUGCUCCAGGCUGAGCGCCGGGCUCUGUGUGCCUGCUGGCCAGCUGGACGCUGAAGAUCUUUGGCCAGUGAUGUUCCCUGUCAAUAAAUGCCUGCUAGCAUG